CUGCCCCUAGCGCCGGCGGCGACGGCCGUCAGCUGCGCCAGCUGGAACGGCGACCGGUAAUAGCCAAACCAUGCCUGACCAGCUGUACGCCCAGGGGGCCGUGGGCGCAUUGCGGACGGGGCCGGCUGGUUUCAGACCCGCACCCCCUUGUCCCAGCCCAGGCCGCUUUGCCGCUUCCCAAACCCGCGCCUCGCUCCACAAGCAGCCUUAUAGCUUGCUCAGGUUCCGAGCAUUCCAGCUCCACUGCUGCGCCUGGUAAGCUGUGCGCGUGCCCGCCGAUCAUGGC